AUGUGUUUAAUUUCUGGGAUUAGUAAGAAGGGUUGUAUAAAUCUGACUAUAUUUGUAUUACCAUAAAUCCUAAUUAUAAGUUAUAUAGUUUUUGUACUUCAUAUUACUCAUCUAGCCAAGCGAAUUCAGUUAUUACCUUAAUAUUAUUAAGAUGAAGUUUAGUAAGGCGAGGAUUAAUAAUAUUUGAAUGAUGAAUUUGAAAUAAAUAGUGGUGAAGUAACUAAAAAGAUAGAGUAAUAUAUAGAAGCAUAUGAUAAUAGAUUUGAUAAAGACGAAAAAUUGGAUGGAGAUUUUAGCUAAAUAGCUGAAGUUGAUAUGUAGGUCUUAGAAAAUGGAAAAAAGCUCAUUGAUUUUUAGAAGUUCUAUCACGAUUUCUAGAGCUAUAAUAUGCCUAUAGUUUUAAGAAAUGCAGUAAAACAUUGGAAGGCAAUUUUUAAAUGGUAGAGUGAUGAAUAUUUAGUUAGUAAAAUUGGGGAUAGAGAAGUUUAAGUUGAAGUUAGAGAAGAUGGAGAAAACAAGUUUGCAUAUUUUUAAAAAAAUUUUGUAAAAUCCAGCAUGAAAUAUAAUGAAUUCAUAUAGAUAUAUAAAGAUCCAAAUAGAAAAGCUAAUUAUUAUUUAGCUGAGUUUGGUAUCCCUGAGGAGAUAGUUGAAGAUAUUGAAGAGAUAGAAUUAGGUUUGUUCAUGAAUUUAGAAUAUACUAAUUUCUGGCAAGGAGCAAGCGGUACUGAAUCUCUUCCUCAUACUGAUGAUAAAGAUAAUUUCCUAUGUCAAAUUACUGGAAAAAAAACAAUAAUAUUAAUUCCACCAACAUAGAGAUCAAAACUAUAUGUGGGAGAUGGAAAAAAUAAAAUAAGAAACUACAGCUAAGUUGAUUUCUUUAAUCCAAAUUUAUAAAAUUUUCCUUUGUUUUCUCAAAUAAAAGGAAAAAUGAAGGUUGAAAUAAAUCCUGGUGAUGCUCUUUUUAUUCCAGCUUUUUGGUGGCAUCACGUCAAGUCUUCUAAUGAAAGAAAUUUGGCUAUUAAUUUUUGGUAUACACCUAACUUUAUGCACAGUUUAUUUUAGUCUAUAUUGGAGUCAGAUGAAUUUAAUUAAUGA